GAACAUGUGAAUAUGUGAUGUGAGGCCAUUUGUCCUCUCCCUCUCUCUCCGUCGGCGGCUUGCCGCCAAAACUACCAAGAAACAGAAACCAAGCGAGAACGGAAGCUUGCCGAGCUUUUAAGCGCUCUCACCCCCCUGCUCCAGUGCUACUCCUGAAUUUCAUCUUUCCUGCCACCGCAACUCUCCCUCUCCAAUGGGCCAGUCGACGGAGGAGCGCCCGCUGAAGGUGGUGUUCGCGUCCCCGGCGGAAUACUUCACGGACGCGGCGCCGAUCGGGAAUGGCAGCCUCGGCGCCAUGGUCUGGGGCGGCGUUGCCUCGGAGAAGCUCCAGCUCAACCAUGACACUCUAUGGACCGGUGUGCCUGGAAAUUACGCUGAUUCCAAAGUGGCUGCUGCCCUCCCGGUGGUCAGGAAACUCGUUGAUGAAGGACGGUUUGUUGAAGCCACUGCUGCAGCCUCGAGCCUUACUGAUGGCCCGAACGAGGUCUACCAACCACUUGGAGACAUAAACCUGGAGUUUGAAACAUCCAAUCAGGAGUUCAAGUCCUACAAAAGGGAGCUUGAUUUACAUACUGCAAUUGUGUACACAACAUAUAAUGUUGGGGAUGUUCAGCACACUAGAGAGCACUUCUGCUCAAAUCCACACAAGGUCCUUGUCACCAAAAUCUCAGCAAACAAAUCAGGACAUGUAUCCUUCACAGUGUCCUUAAGCAGUCAGUUAAUCCACAAUGUCCAUGUAGUUAAUGAAACAGAGGUGACCAUGGAAGGUAGCUGCCCUAAACGAAGACCCACAUUGGACAAAACUGGAAUUGACAAUACUGGCAUCAAGUUUGCAGCUGCCCUCAGCUUGCAGAUGGGUGGUGAUGGGGCAAAAGCAGCAGUUAUAAAUGGUCAAAACUUGAGAAUCGAUAAUGCAGAUUGGGUUGUUUUGCUUAUUACAGCCUCUUCAUCGUUUGAUGGGCCUUUUGUCAGUCCUUCAGACUCCAAAGUUGAUCCAGUAUCAGAAGCCCUGAGGACAUUAAACAUAAGCAGGAAUCUCACAUUUUCUCAGCUAAAAGCUGCUCAUUUGAUAGAUUUUCAGGGUCUUUUUCACCGCGUUACCUUACAGUUAUCACAAUUGUCAACCUUUGGAAACACAAGCCUGAAUGGAGUUGGUGAAGCCAUAAAAACAACAGCAGAAAGAGUAAGUAGUUUCAAAAGUGAUGAAGAUCCAUCUUUGGUUGAACUGUUAUUUCAGUAUGGUCGCUAUCUUCUCAUUUCCUGCUCUCGGCCUGGAACACAAGUAUCUAACCUGCAAGGGAUAUGGAACCAAAGUGUCACACCUGCAUGGGAGGCCGCUCCAACCUUGAACAUUAAUCUUGAGAUGAAUUACUGGCCAGCACUUCCCUGCAACCUUAGUGAAUGCCAAGAACCACUAUUUGACUUCAUAGCAUCUCUUGCAGUUAAUGGAGCUAAAACAGCAAAAACCAAUUACCAAACAAGCGGCUGGGUAAUUCACCACAAAUCAGACAUCUGGGCAAAAUCAUCCGCAUCAAAUGGAGAUCCUCAGUAUGCUGUGUGGCCAAUGGGGGGUGCUUGGCUUUGUACGCAUAUUUGGGAACACUACCAGUAUUCGUUGGAUAAAGUGUUUCUGGAGAAUGCAUAUCCAUUGCUGGAAGGAUGUGCUCUGUUUCUAGUUGAUUGGUUGAUUGAGGGGCCUCAAGGCUAUUUGGAAACAAACCCCUCUACUUCUCCAGAGCAUUCUUUCAUUGCUCCUGCUACUGGUGGUCAUAAUGCUAGUGUGAGCUAUUCUACUACGAUGGACAUCUCAAUCAUCCGAGAGAUUUUUCUUGCAGUUAUUGCUUCAGCUGAGGUUUUAGGGAAAUAUGAUACUACUCUGGUUCAGAGGAUCAACCAAGCGCUCCCACGGCUCCCUCCAAUUAUGAUUGCUAAAGAUUGCACAAUCAUGGAGUGGGCACUAGAUUUUGAGGACCCAGAUGUCCAUCAUAGGCACCAGUCACAUCUCUUUGGUCUUUACCCUGGUCAUACAAUAACAAUGGAGAGGAAUCCUGAUAUUUGCCAAGCUGCUGCCAAUAGCCUUCACAAACGAGGGGAAGAUGGCCCUGGAUGGUCACUUACGUGGAAGAUGGCUUUGUGGGCACGUCUUAUGGACAGCAAAAAUGCAUAUCGGAUGAUAUUAAAGUUGAUCAAUCUGGUUCCCCCAACUGAAAAGUUUGGCCUCAAUGGUGGACUGUAUACCAACCUGUGGACAGCACAUCCCCCUUUCCAGAUCGAUGCUAACUUUGGAUUCACAGCUGCCUUAGCUGAAAUGCUGCUUCAGAGCACUCUCACUGAUCUCUAUCUGCUCCCUGCGCUCCCACGCAAUAAGUGGCCCAGGGGCUGUGUUAAAGGGUUGAAGGCUCGGCGGGAUGUGAUUGUGAGCAUCUGCUGGGAGGAAGGGGAGCUCCAGGAAGCAUUGCUGUAUUCUGGAAGGGGCGACUCAGAUUUAAAGCUGCAUUAUGGUGGGCAAGUUACAACGUUCAGAGUUUCAGGUAGACAUGGUUACAAGUUUAAUGGUGGUUUACAGUGCAUCGAAUCAUGGCCCCUAGACAAAUAAAUAUCUCAUAGUUACCUAUGGACGUCUAAAUGAAUUAGUAUAUGGUAGGAAAAUUUACAAUGACCGAAAUAAUGGUUACUUGUAUUAGAAUGUGAAGUGUUUUCAGUUAUGAGUGUGUCUUCAUUGCUGCUAAAUGGACUGUGGUUUGGUUUAAGGGUCUCUGUAUAAAAAGUAAUGGCUACCUGCUGUAUGAGAAUGUAAAUAAUGCAGUUCUGAAGACUUGAACUCAAGUAAAAGUCAAGUUGAAUUUUCACUUGAAUUCAAAGCCAGGAUGAAUUCAACCAAAAUUCGACUUGCCAUUG